GACAGUUCAGGUUCAAUGGAAGCGGACGAAGACGACGACGACGACGAGGCGAUUCAGCCGCGGGAGGACUUGGACUGGUUGGACGACACGAGCUGGAGCGAUCUGGACGCAGACGCAGAGGCAGAGGCAGAGGAGCAAGCAGAGGAGCUAGCAGAGGAGGAGCAAGCAGGACGACUCGCUCAGGCGCUGCUGAAGCCGGCCGCUGAGACGGCGUUUGCGCUGCUCGGGUCAACACUCGGAGCCGCAGAUGCACCGGUUCAAACAGCUGGAGUGGCCAGCAGACCGUUGCGAAGGUGGCCGCAGCGAUCACACGCGGAUGCGACAAGCACACCGGUCGUGCGAGCGAAUGCAGGCAACGGCGCUGAUGAUGACGGCCUGAGCAAGACCGACGCACCCUCUGGCGCAAGCAUGGAAACCGAGCAACCAGGUCUGAGCGAUGGCAGCCGAUACUCUUCUGCUUUGAAAUCACCGCCGCCGGAGGUCGCAAACCGCUCCUCGGUGGUGGUGGGGCUGGCAUUGGCGGAAAAGAACAGCGGUCUGAUUUCGCGCCUUUCCCUCAACCAGGACAAGGCCGGCCUUGAGAGCGUCGACAAGCAACGAGCGAAUGCAAUCAUCUACGAGGCGUCCAGAAACUCGCGCUUUUUCAAGAACGAAGUGCGCAAAGACGCGUCCGUCACGCAGCGGCUGGAGUCGUUGCGCUCGCAGCUCGCCGCGAUUCGCCGCGAAAUGGCGCUUGUGGUCGCUGCCUACCCCGAUGAUCCGCUUGCGGAAAUUCUGUCGGCAGCAUUGUCAUCUGCUUCCACGUCGGCUACACUGGGCGUCGGGUCUUCUUCUUCUUCUUCUUCUUCUUCUUCUUCAUCUUCUACCGCCGUCUCUGCUUCUGCUUUUUCAUCCACCGCACUUUCUUCGUCGUCCGCUCGCUCACUCGAGUCUGCUCCUGACAGUUGGUCAUCACGCUCUGCGCCACAAACGGCCGCACCCGCCACCGCCAUCCUGCGACAAAAGUUUCGGCAUAUCUACGCAACGGUCGACAGGCAAGUCAACCUGAUGGAGGCGGCCCGCAACCUGGACCGCGUGAUUGUCCACUUGGACAUGGACAUGUUCUUUGCAGCCGUUGAGCAGCGAGACGACCCGUCGCUGGCCGACAAGCCCAUGGCAGUUGGCUCGCAGUCCAUGCUCAGCACCGCGAACUAUGUCGCGCGAAAGUUUGGCGUCCGAAGCGCCAUGCCCGGCUACAUUGGCCUGAAACUCUGCCCCGAGCUGGUGAUUGUGCGCCCAAACUUUGAAAAGUACGCCCAAGUCAGUACGCAGGUACGCGAGAUUCUGGCGCAGUACGAUCCGCACUUUACCGCUGCCAGUCUCGACGAGGCGUAUCUGGACUUGACGCGACAUAUGCGCCAAGUGGUUCCCGACGGCGUAUCCUCGGCAGACGUGGUGCGAGAGAUUCGGGGCAAAAUCCAGGCUGCCACGCAGCUGACCGCCUCCGCGGGGAUUGCGCCGAACGGCAUGCUCGCCAAAAUCUGCUCCGAUCUGAACAAGCCGAAUGGGCAGUACCACUUGCCUGGCGAUCUGGAACAGCUGAAAUCCUUUGUCGCCAAGCUGCCCGUCCGCAAAGUGUCUGGCAUUGGCAAGGUGACAGAGCGCAUGCUCAAUGGGCUGGGCAUUGUGACUUGCGAGGACAUGUUUGCGCACCGGUACGACCUGUUUCAGCUCUUCUCCCCCAUUUCGUUUGAUUUCUUCCUGCGCGUGUCACUCGGUGCUGGGUCUAGUCGGUACGAAGAGGCUGUCAAAGCCGAUGCAGUCGCCACCCCGACGGCAGCGUUUGGCUUUGGCUUUGCCGUUCCAGACAAUGAUCGCAAGAGCAUUUCGGUCGAGCGCACCUUUCGCGAGAUCAACACGCCCACCGCCCUGUUGGCCAAGUGCGAAGAGCUGUGCCAUAAGCUGGCGGCUGAUGUGAACUCGUGCAAGCUUCGCGGCCGAACCGUCACCGUCAAGCUAAAAAUGGUGGAUUUUCGCAUGUUUACCCGCGCAGCCUCCUCACAGCGGUACAUUUCCUCUGCCUCAGAGAUGUUUGAAUUGGCCUCAAAGAUUCUGCAGGACGAAAUCCAGCAGAGCGAGCGCGCAGGCGGGCCGCUGCGACUCCGCUUGAUGGGGGUGCGGUUGUCUGCGCUCGUUACCGAGCCUCCUCCUCCUUCUUCUUCUUCCUCUAUCAGCAACACGAUUGGUUCCACCCCGGGCGCUGGCGAGGGCGAGCUACUGGACAGCACGCCAAGCACUGCCCACGCCAAGGCCAGCGGCAUUGAGCGGUUUUUCGCUUUGAGCUCGAGGCAUCUGACUUCCGAGAUUGAAGCGCGCAAUGCCAGUAAAGAUCGUAAGGCAGCAGCGCGGCAAAGGCAAAGGGUGUGUUCCAACGAUGCCAUUGAAAUUUCGGACGAUAGUGAUGCCGAGGACGGCGAUAACGACGAGGAUGACUGGGCUGCGGUUGCGGCCGACUCGGCGUCUCUGGACAACGCAUCACACCCAAACGGCCAGCAAGUCGGGACAGCCGCCUCCUCAAGAGGGGCACUUCCAAGUCUUGGAAGCGCACCUGUGAGCAACGGUCGCAUCCACACGGCAACAACAAUGUACCAAGCGAUGAAGCAUCGCUUAACAGAGCAGACUGCAGCGGCUUUCAAGCGCCCUCGGCUGGAUCCGAGUGCCGCCGAUUCUUCAUCCACUGCAGCUAAUACUCCUAGCCAACCAUCACACGUUUGUCCGAUCUGUCAAAGGCCACAAGUCUGCCAGAACCUGGUUGAGUUUACUGAUCAUGUCGAUGAGUGCCUCACGAAGCAGACCAUCAAGCGAAUUUUACAGCAUGAUGAUCAACAGCAGCAGCAGCAGCAGCAGCAGCAGCAGCAGCUUGGAAGAACUGGCGUCACAUCUGGGACAACAAAGAGACAAGCACCACAAUCGAGUACAUCUACUACAUUGGAGCGAAUGAUUCAGCGGCAAAACAAGAUAAGCUGAGCAAUCUUGUCGAUGCUUGACCUACGCGACGACAGUUUCAGCGUUCUCCAAGCGUCGGAAUGUCAUGUUUUCGGAUCAGAACGCACUAGUUGGCGGCAUGUGCACUGCGGCAGCAGAAGGCCGUUUUCAUGUCCGCGAUAAUCGCCUUUCUAUCUUGGAACGGCCAUCGUGAGGAGGACUUGGCUGUGAGGUCGAAGCAGAACUGGAACACGUGUGGCAGUUGUUGAGGUUUGAGGUUUGCCCCAACCACGCGCGUGUCUGCUGACUGCCGCUUUCAAACCAAUGCAUGGGCAUUGAAGAAACAUGGCCAUGCGUUGUAGUGAUGCCUGCGUUGAGCACACACACAUGUAGACCUACUUUUUGUACAACUGCAAUUGAGGACCAAUAGAAAACAAAGACGCUUCUGG